GCAUCACAUCGCCGUCUCCGUAAUGGCGUUGCGACAUUAAGAGCUUUUGAUUUAAAUCGGAAGUUAAACUCAUUAAAGCACCGCGGCUCUGCCUGUUUAUCAUGCUUCGUGAUACGCUGAAGACCUGCGGUUUACGAGGUGUACAUCACUGCCUGGUGGCCUGACUCCUGGAAGAGGAUGAGAUUCAACAUUAAGGCACUAGCAUCUCUAUCCCAGGGACCUCCGGCAAACUUUGAUAAAGAAGGAAAACUUUGGGUGCACAGGAUCCCCCCUGGCAUUCCUCAGAAGCCAGAGCGCAGAGAGCGAUGGUGCCGGCUGACAGGGAACCUGCUCUUCCUGAUGCAGAGCCCCAGCCAGCGGUCUGAUCCAGUGGAGGUUAUCGUCCUGGAACGAUGUCACGUCGUGGAGAGUGGAGAUAACCAUUCUGCAUUACGCAUCAAGUUCGAAAGCGGGGAGACGGAUCUCUGUCUGGAAGCCGGCACGGCAUCAGCCUUGCAGUCCUGGAUUACGGUGCUGCGGGAAGCGAACUCUGAAAGCUUGCGGGAGAAGAUCCUGCACCUGCAGCGACUCCUGAUGGCGAUGACUGCGAGCGUGGAGGCUGACAGCCCCAAGGCGGGCGGAGCCAGAGCAGACGCCAUUCUGGUUCCUGAGCUACCAUUGGUGGAAUUCAGCCUCGCAUGUCAGGCCCUGGCCAGCCCGGCACGGGACAGGAAGCCUAACAGCAUGUUGCAGAUCUCGGUGGUAAACACGCUAGAGCGCAGCCUGGCCGCCUACUCCUGCACAGAGAUUGUCGAGGGAACCAGGGACCCACUCUUCCUGACGGGGGUGACCUUCCCUCCAGACUAUCCGCUCUGUGAGGAGACGGUGCUGAAGCUGACGGUCUACGACGUGAGAGACCGCUCCGCAGAGAGCAGGAGUUUCCUGGGCUUUGCCUCCUUCUCAGUGGGAGACUUACUGAAGGAGCAUCAGCUAACACUGAGCCUCAGGACCUCAGAUGGCACCAGCGCUGUGGGGGCAGUGGUUGUGAGCCGCCUGAGUAUGGGGGAGGCGCAGAAUGGAGAGACCGAGCAGGUCACCGCCGCGGACGCCACGGGACAAAAGCACACGGUGGUCUGCGACCCGCCAGAGGGGUCCCUGCGAGGCGGAGACAGCGGCCCGCUGACGAGUGCAGUGUUCAGGAACCCCGUAUGUAAAGUGUACAGGUUUCAGACCACGGACAGCAAAUGGAUGCUGGUGCGGGAGAAGAUGGCGGAGUGUACCCUGUCCUUCCACAUCCCGAAACAACUCCUCAAGCUGUACAUACAGGAGGACAUGACCAGGAUACAGGAGCUACAGGGACUGGGAGAGCUCUCCCCGCACUGGGACAACCUGCGCAAGGAGCUGAUGGGCCACCUGGGCCAGGCCAUCCGCAGCUACCAGGAGGUCCUGACGGAGCUCAGCAAGAUGGGAGGAACUUCAUUCAAGCCCAGCUGCUGUAAGGCUGAGAAAUACCUGGAGUUCAUCCCCAUAAACCUGCACACGCAGAGGAUGCAGGUUACCAGCCCGAAACAAACAGAGACGGCGUAUGACAUCAUCACGGUGGGCGCCCCGGCUGCACAUUCCCUGGGCUUUAAGAACGGGGGUCUCCGCAGACAGCUGGGCAGGUUUGAAGCUGAGAAGAAGAGCUUCAGCACCACGUACCAGUGCAUCUACUUCUCCCCUGAGGACACAGCCAAGGCUCGGGGGGUCCUGGCCAGCAUCAGUCAGCUACAGCCCCUGAUCUCCAGCCUGGCUGACCAGCUGAUGCAGGCUGCCCGACAGCGAUCUGCAGAGAGCCUAAAGGAAACUCUCAAAACGCUCUGCGACACGACGGAGCGGUUCGUCCAUGCCAUGAAGGAGGAGUUGGUGAAGAGCGCCCACUUGGCACUGCACGCGGCACGACCCGACUACGUCAGCGACAGUGUGGGCACCAACGGCUCCCCCCCCAGGGAGGACGGACCUGCGCCGCUGAAGAGGCAGAACUCCGUCCCUCCCCGCGUGGACUACGAUGAGGAGGAAUGGGACAGAGUGUGGACAAAUGUGGCCAAGAGCCUGAACUGCAUCAUCGCCAUGGUAGACAGGCUGCAGGAGCUCGACAGCAACGAGCAGGAAGUGUCCCCGGAGCCCACGUUGGCGGAUGUCAUCACCUCACAUACACCAGAUGUAGAUGGUUGGCAAGAGAAAAUCUACCCCUUAGUGGUCACGUUAAAGGACUGCGUGAUGGAGGUUGUAGACCGAGCGAAGAAGUCCAUGACGUUCGUUCUCCUGCAGGAGGCAGCGUGUAGUCUCCCUCAGGGUCUGCUGCUGCGGCAGAGGAGGGACACGGUCUUCAGUCAAGCGCUCACUGCCCUCUCCUGUGGGUUCAUCAUGAGGCUUAAUGCUGGGAUGCAGGAUGAGGGCUUCUUGCAACAACUCCACCUGGUAGGAGUGCUGGCCCAGUUUGAGAGUCUGCUCAGCACAUACAGUGAGGAGAUCGGCAUGCUGGAGGACAUGGAGGUGGGGAUUGCAGAUCUGCACAGCGUGACAUUUAAAAUCACCGAGGCUAAAUCCAGCGACGCAGUGGAUCUGCAGCCUAAAGUGUGUGGCUGGAGGGAAUGUUACACCGUCGAGGUGCCGCUGCCGUGCCGUGUGUUCAGGCUCCUCCCUGCAGAGGUCAAGGGUCAGCCGCUGCACGUUUACCCGGUCCUGUUCAAUGUGGGGAUCAACCAGCAGCAGACACUGGCUGAGAGGUUCGGUGACGUAUCCUUACAGGAGAGGAUAAAUCAGAAAAAUUUUUAUCACUUGGAAAACUAUUACAAGUCCUUAAGCGAUAAGGUUCCAUUAAAAUGUCUGCCUCCUUUCCAGACCCAGACCAACCUGAAGGAGCUACUGGGAAGUCUCAGUCAGCACGUCGCAGCUCGCAAGAAAAAGAAUGUGGAAAUCCUGUGGCUGGCAGGAGCGAUCUGCAGGAGGCUCAAUGGCAUUCGGUUCACGAGCUGUAAAAGUGCCAAAGACCGGACGUCAAUGUCGGUCACGCUGGAGCAGUGCUCGCUUCUGAGGGACGAGCACCAGCUGGACAGCGAGAACUUCAGCCGGGCCCUGGACUGCAUGCGCAGAGAAGGAUGUCGAAUUGAGAACGUGCAAAAGAACAUUAAGUGCAGGAAGUAUGCGUUCAACGGCCUUCAGCUGAUGGCUUUCCCCAAGUGCUACAGACCUCCAGAUGGGACAUAUGGAAAAGCUGAAACCUGACAUGCAGACACACCCACUGAGAACAAAGGGACCGUUGCAAUUGCACAAGAGGCCGUAUUUUCUUCUUCAUUUCAUAUCUUCAUGUUUCAUAUAUUCACACUCCUCUGACAAAUGCUGAACGCCAAAUCUGAAGCAUCCCUUCAUUAAAUAUAUCAAGACAAGCGCCCUUUUUUAAUAUUGUAGUAUUGAAUUACUUGUUAGACUGAGUAUUAUAUGUAUUGUAGGUGUUGCUACACGUCUUCUGUAUAACUAUACUGUUGUGUACAUAAUGUGCUGUUUAUUGUGUACAUUUAAUACUUGGAGAAACUUGAAGUAAACAUCGGCAAUGCUGUUUA